CAACAUCUCGUUUCCAUGGCUACACAGGCAUACGGGUACUGGAAAGAUGCUCGCUUCGCGCUACAGCCUAUCUCCCGCUCCGAGGAUGGGAAACCCCUCACCGUGAAGUUUUGGUGGAUGCCCAUGGCCACGGAGUACGAUUGUAUGCCUGCUACUGAUAUACCCGAAUUUCCCGCGAACCUCGACUCCGCGCCGCGAGGCGGGAAACUCUACAACACCGAGACAGAGUUGAAAAUUGCCUCGGGCGAGGAAAUUACCUUCCAUAUUGAAGAUCCGGUAGAAGUGCCGCUGCCGUUGUGGGAGUUGCUUGAGAUGCAGUGGAUUAUGCAUCGCAUUGCGGGGAUGUUGGGGCCAAAGGAGACUUUUGAGCAGGAGUGGGAGGAUUAUCCGUCUGAGAUUGAGUAUCAGGGGCCGCUUUACCAGUGGAAGCGGUAG